AUCAAACUCAGGACCUUGUGCUUGCCAGGCAGGCACUGAGGCACGCAGCUAUAUCCCUAGCCCUUAACAUUUUUUUAUAAAGUAUUAAAGACCUAGAGACAUCUUAGUGGACCACAUGUUUUUCGGACAAAUAUAGCUUACACAAAUGGUAAAAUGUAUCUUGAAGUAAACACAAAGAAUAAUUUCAUUAUUUUGUAUUUCAAUACUGGAAUAUUUCCAUCUAUGAGGCUAAAAAUAUAUUAAACUGUAUUGAAGUUCAAAACCUCUGGGAUGGCAGUAUUUAGCUGAGUGACACCAACUAAGUAAUAAUUACAACAUGACUAGGCCUUCAGCAUAUUCUUCCAGCUCCCAUCAAUUAUUGAGUCUGCAUAUAGGACCCACUGCCAACAGUUUGCACUGGGUCUGUUUCCAGGGAGAGUACACAAUAUUUAUUCCCAAAACACAAAAAUAAAAAGGAUGCCCUCAGUAUCUUCAAAGCUUUCUCUUCAAUAGGCGCCAUGUCGUGGAAACACAGCCCCUCUAAUUUCUGUGUGUGGCCAUCCAGCCUGGCUCACACAGGGAAAUCCACUCCCCACCAACAGACUAUGCCUUCACAUACCGCCUCAUAGUAGUCUCUAUCUAGGAUAGUGAUGACACACAGAAAGCUUGUGACUGCUUCUGGUUACCUUAGAAAUCAACCCAAGCUAUCCUCAAAAAUCACAAGUAGGUAGCUCAACAUGUGAAUGAAGGCCAGAAACUUUAGUGGCUGGAAAUCAGUACUCUGCAGAACGGGGAAUGGGAGGUUAAAGCACUGGGGUGCAGCUCACGGGAGGAGACGCUCAGAGGAAGAGUGAAGAGCAAAGAUGCUGUACAUGAAGCUGGCAGCCGACAGGGUGAUGGCUGAAGCCAAAGACACAGAAGAUAAACACAAGGCAACAAGAACAAUGCGAGUGACGAAAGAGGCUUUGGAAAAAGGGGACCCUGGGGGACUCUCAAAGGAGCUAGGAGGGAUACAGGCCCAACCCUCCCAGCCUCCCGCAGUGACAGAGUGGCUGGGUCUGAGUACAGAAAACCAAUUGGCCUGGGCUAGAAAUACUCAAGACCCUUGGAUGGCAGCAGGUCCCUUUUCCCCACUAGAAAAGAAGAUUAAGAGUUUAGGUGGCAUCCAUUCUUCAGAAGUGAGAAAACUAUUAGCCCAACAAUUUCAAAAGGAGCAUGAAGCACUUGAUAAAUUUAAGGCCAUGUCUUUUGACUUCUGGUUUGCUAAAGCAAAGGAAUACUAUUAUCAACGACAUCAAGAAAUGAUGAAAGAAGCGCAGAACAAGACAGUUCCAGAAAGGGAAAUUAAAGUAGAGGAAGAUGAGAAGAGAUCACAAAGUAAAAAAUCAGAAGACGCUAAAAAAUGGGGAUAUCUAGUGUCUGAGAGGGAACUGAAUCAUAUAGAGAAACACAUACAGCGAGCUGAAAGAGCUAGAGGCCUCAGAGACCACAAAUAUCAACCAUUCCCUCCAACAAUUCCAAGUGAAAAACUUUCCCCAAAAACAUUACCACUGGAGACUGAAAAGAAAGGAACCACCCAGAAAGCACACAAACCUGAAACCAAAAAACACAAGGUGGCAUGGGCCCAGGAACAGAUGAAGAGACAUCAAGAGCGAAUGAUUCGUGGGAGAAAACUUACAGAGCAGAGAAGUCAUCAAAGAGAUGCCUGGAAACGCUCUGGCUAUGUUCCUCCUGUCCUAAAAUCUCAAGUGGAGAAGAAGGAGGUGAAAGAGUCUGAGAGGGUCACGGCUUAUCCUAUCUUCCAGCCUUACCAGAAAACGCUCAUGGAAGUGACUAUCCUGAUGGAGAAAUCGAAAGAGGCUACAAUUCAAAAACCACUCCCAAGGGAGCUCUUAAGUAUACCGCCAUUCCUGAGAAGUAAACUAGAAAAAUAUAAAGUUUUAAGUUAUUUUAUUAUUGCGUUUCUUUUUUAGCAUAUUUUAUAGUAAUCAGUUGAAUAAAAUUGUAGGAAGUCGACAAAAAAGAAAAAAAGCAAUUGGGGACAUGUAUACUUGAAAAAGUAUGGUGUUAAAACAACAGGUGGUGUGAUUUUUUUUUUUUGGGGUGUGAUUUCAUUUGUGUGAAAUUUCCACAUUAGACACAUUUGUACAGAAGGUAGGUUUGUCACUAGUUAGGGCAGAGGUAAGAAAGUUAGAUGUGGACAGGAGAGUAACAGUUAAUGAAUACAGAGUAAGGUGACAGAAAUGUUCUAAAAUAGAUUGUGGCAACAGCUGCACAACCCAUUAAUCGAUUUUAAAACACUGAAUUGUAUUAAGUGAGUGAAUUAUACACUAUGUGAAUUAUAUCUCAAUUAACCUAUUUAACAAAAAGAAAAAAUGCUAGAGUUUAGAAAAAAGGAUGUGAUCCAAGAAAUGGGGGCAAGGGGCCUGAUUCUGAAGGCUCUGAAUUGCACUGAAAAGUUCAGAUUUUUUAAAUACUGAAGGCAGUGAGCAACCAGUGAGAAACUGUCAAGUGGCUUGGAAGAGAUCAGAAAGACAGACAGGAACCAAGGAAGCAGGAGAUAUCAGACCGGCGUCUCUGAUAGUAAUGUGGGCAAGAUGGAGAAAGUGGAGAGACCAGAAAGAAAUUAGUGACCCAUUAACGCAUGGGGUGCUAAGGAGUUGCCAGGGAAAUCUUAGGUUUCUGUCCAAGGAAAUAAUGUGGUAAAAGCACCAGUAGAGGAAUUAAAAAAGAUUGGGGUGGGGGCAGUUUUAUAAAUGUUUAAAAUAGCCCAUAUGCUAAACAAUAAACCGUUGGUUACAUAGAUCUAGUAUUUUCAAUUAGGUUAAGGAUCAAAGUUUCAAGACUGUUCAGGAUGUAAAUGUGUAUAAAUCAAGAGAUGAGGACAGUGGAAAAGAAAUCAGAAAAAGAGUAGAUAUUUCUUGUUCUUUUUUUUUUUUUUUUUGA